AUGCGCCCCUCCAAGCCCAGGAAGCCACCCUCGUCCACGCUCCCGGUCCUCUUAACCUCCCUGGCCGGGGGCACAGUCAGGCUUGUUAGAAAAGUCAACCCGAUAGUGAAGUUCGACUCCGAGCCGCCCACCGGCGGAGAACUCCCGAGACGGGAAAGGCCAGAUUUGGCGCGGGACUCCAGUAGAUUUUCGGGGGGCGGGUUUAUUAAUCAGACUUCCGGGGACGCUUGGCAUCCGGGAGCCGUGGGCUCCCCGGGCUCUCGCCGCGGCGCCUCCCCGCCCGCUCGGGCCUCGGACGGCGGAAGCGCGGGGGCUGAGAGCGGCGCAGCGGCGGGGCGCGCGCUGGUCCGGCUGUGCGCCACGGGGCGGGCGGGCGCCAGGGAGCGCGUCCGUCCGCCUCUGGGCUCGGAGCCUCGCUUGCUCGUCCAGAGACCCGGCCGGCUCCAGUCCCCGGCCGCCGCCGAGGGAAGAGCUCUUCGGGGGCCCUCGGGGCGCUUCACGCCCUUAGGUUUGCUGGGAGUUUAUUGGCAGCUUUCAGAGAAGGAAGUUCCUUUGCAGUCUGUUCAGGAAAAGGAUGGGAGUGGCAUGGCACAGGAUGCUUUCUAUCUUCAGUCACUUAUUACUAAUGCAUUCCAUGAUGAAGGAUUUCAGAAAAUAAGAGAAUAUUUUCAACAGAGAGAGCGCCACGUUCCUCAAAAAUAUAAUAAUCUUUUGUUACACCAUCUUGACAGAUCAAUAAAUAAGGAACUGGAUAAAAAUGAAUUCCAGCGUGUUUCACUGUUGCUGAAAUGUGUUCAGCGAUUCUUCAUUGAUGGCCUCAAAGAAGAUGAGCCUUUGCUAAUUCAGCAGGGACUGAUCCCAAAGAUGGUUUCCUGGUUUGAAAGAACAACAGGAUUUCUGACCAUGACAGACCUAGCCUUGGACACAUCUCUGAUUAAUGUGACAGAAGACUUUUUUGACACAGCCUUGAUUAUUUCCAGAAGUAGUAGUAAAGGGAAAAGUCAGAUGUUGGGUUCCUUCAUAUUUACCUUAGGAUUUCUGGUGACAGAAGAGAGUGUAAAUCAUUUGAUCCAGCAGGAGGCACUGAGGACCUUGAACUGCAUUCUGCAAGCUGUACCUCGGGAAGAGAGAAGACAGCUUGUCUUGUCGGAAGGCUCGUGUCGUCUUAUGAAAGACCUUGCAAGGACAAUCUUGACUGUGGGUGACUAUAACCAACAGGCGGCUCUUUGUGAAGCAUUGUGUAGACUGACCAUGAAAAAAUCAAGGGAAAACUUUGUCCAUCAGUGGUUUGAAGAUGAUACCAUUGCUGAGGCUUUCAAAGAAAUUAAGGAUCGAGAAUUUGAGACGGAUUGUAGACGGUUUCUCAAUCACCUAAAUGACAGACUUGGUGACCAAAGAAGGGUCUGUUCAUUUCCAUGCAUUGCUGCUUUUGCUGAUGAGCAUGAGAUGAGAAAACCUGCAGAUGAAAAAUUAGAGAAAUUUUGGAUUGAUUUCAACCUAGGAACUAAGAGUGUAACUUUUCAUAUAAACAAUCCUGAGAGCGCUUUAUGGGACUCAGUAAGACUUUUGAAGGAAGCAGUGAUUAAUUUCAGCAUAACAGAAACUGAGAUGAAGAUGCUCAGAAUUUACCUGAAGAAGCCUAUUAAUAUCAGAAACAAAGAAGUGAUGAAAAUAGAAAUUCAUUUUGAAUUGCAGUUCAACAUAGCACAAGCUUCCAUUAAAGCUUUAGGAGAUGACCAACAGGUGAGGCCUGACCAGACGAAAAUCUCCUCAGACCUUUUUGGUGAGUUGGAGAAAGAAGGCACUGAGAUUCCUAGCAGCCACGAAAGAGAGACAGACCAAGCAAAGGAAUCUACCGAGCUGGCAGAGUUAACCAGUGCUGAAGAUAACCAUUGCCUAACAACUCUCCCCUUAAAUAACCAGUCUGAGCCUGCUGUGAGUACAGGGAACUGGGGACAAGAUUCUGAACUCUAUCAACCAGGAUGCUGGCAGGUGGAAGCUGACUCUCUGGCUUGUUGUCCAUUUUCUCCUGGUCAACCAUCUCUCUCCUUUUUCACUAUCCCCUCCUUUAAAUUACUUUUGCCUGCCGUGUUUGUUUUUUCUCGACUUUCACUCAUCUCGGCUCUCUUGCGGAAUGUGUCACUUGUCUGGCUUUACUUCAUUCCCUCAUUUGGGAUCUGGAGACUGAUUACUUCAGAACUCGAGUAUUCUUUAGAUUUACAAGAACCAUCAGCAAAAAUGCAGGGUCCUAAAUUAAAUGAUACAUCUAGGGAAGGUUCUGCUUUUGAGGGUGACAGAAAGCAGGAAACAAGGAUGUCGUUUAAUUAUAGGAAACACCUCUUCUCGGAGAGUAAUGAAGAUUCAAAUAGUAGUGCCAGUGAACUGUCUUGGACCAGUAACCAAAAAAGGAAAUCCCUGAAGUCAUAUCCUAGUAGAAAAAAGAUAAGAACCAGAAGUAACAUAAAAAACUUGCCACUUUUGCCUCUCAGUAGUGUCAGUGACCUUGAGGAAGAUCAAGCUAAAAUUCUAACACCAUUACGGAAAGAUACCUCCAGGCCAAAUAAUGUCACACCUCCAAAAAUUUCUGGAACGAAAUUUGAGAGUAGUUCUGCCUUUUUAACUCCUGAAGAUUCUGCCCAGAAGAUAGAACUUCAAAGUCCCCACCCACUGAGCGAUCUCUCUUCCUUGGAGCACUCAGAUGUUGAAGAAAAUGUAUCUGAGACUGUGACCCAAGAGUCAUUGGUGAAAAGUACUAGCUUCAAACAUAAACUGCAAAACUUGGAAGACAGAGACAGAGCAGAUGGUCAUUUCGCUGAGUGGAAGCAGUCUCGAUUGGAAGAAGGUGAUGCUCCAGGAUGCCUUUCCUCAGUGGCAGAAGAAACAGACUUGGCAGAGGGCAUUUCUACUUCAUCCUUAGAAGUUAUUCCAGAGAACUUGAAAGGUUCUGCAAUGAUCACUACCUUUGAAAACUUCACUAGAGAAGUGAAAAGAAAAUACGAGCUUAGGUACGGAAGGAGUCCACUUUAUUCAGAAACUGCGAAGCAAGCACCAGACUGCCUAAUAAAACUUUUAAACCAGAUACAUCUGUGCAGACUGAAUAAACUAGAACAGUUUCACGCUUUCGUUCUUCAAGAGCUGAGCAAUCUUGAGAAGGAUAUUGGGGGUCUGCAACGCCUUGAGGAGGAUGUUCUGGAAUUUUGGGGGAAACAGUCUGAUGAUCUGAAAUCAUUCUGUGAACUGCAGCUGCUGAGGGGGGUGCCCACUGGACGAGAGCUCUUUGAGCAGAGACCUUGUCUGAUCGCUUCACCAUUUUAUCCCAAACCCUAG